UCAAAGUUUCAAGCAGGCCAAUCCCCCGAAUAAGAUGAUUUGCAGAUAUAUUCCGACGGAUGAGUCACAUUCAACCCAAAAUCAUAGACUUGUUCUCCAUGCAAGUCGAGCUCUUCACCACAUUGGGCAAUGCAUGAUCUGAGGCUGGGAGUACUCAAAAUGUUGCAGAACAAGCACACACAAGUCACUCCACUAGAAAACACUUUUCAAGUUUUGUUGUUUUUCAGCAAAAGAUAAGCGGUUUAGAGCACUUUAUCUCAACACUUGAGAGAAAUCGUGUACCAAAGCGGCUGUACCUUACAAGAUAACCACUCUUGUCACCUCUUAUGAACAAGUUAAACAAGGUAACGUGGUUGGCAUGUAUGAGAGGUGCCCCAACUCUACACUGUACAAAUCCCACCUCCAAAUAUGUCACAAUGGCCUCUAACAAGAAUCCCCCUUUUUCCCUUAUUUUCUGGUUAAAGCUCUAAACAGCUGGGACCCCCCAUUGCUCAUAGUAAAAUCCAACCCACCUUACUUAUAUAAGGCCAUCAGCGCUGCAAACCAAAACCAAAUCAAACACCAUCUUCCAUACUUGUCAAUUUCUCCAUAUUUAUUGAUGCCCACAAGUGAACUUCACCUUCACUUAGUUUAUAGUAUCUGAAAACUCCCUUCUGGGGUUCCAAUUCUGCAGCUAUGAAGAUGGAAAAGGUCAUCCUCGUUGCUCUAUCACUUGUUCUAGUGUUUGGUCUGGCUGAGAGCUUUGAUUUUGAUGAGAAGGAUUUGGCUUCCGAGGAGAGUCUCUGGGACUUGUACGAGAGAUGGAGGAGCUACCACACAGUUUCCCGUGACCUUGAAGAGAAGAAUAAGCGCUUCAAUGUGUUCAAAGAGAACACGAAGCAUGUUCACAAGGUAAAUCAGAUGGACAAGCCUUACAAGUUGAAACUGAACAAGUUUGCAGACAUGACCAACCAUGAGUUCAGAAGCUCCUAUGGUGGUUCUAAGGUUAAACAUUAUAGGAUGUUACGUGGUGACCGGAGAGGCACUGGUGGAUUCAUGCAUGAGAAAACCACCUAUUUGCCACCAUCUGUUGAUUGGAGAAAGAAAGGAGCUGUCACUGGAAUCAAAGAUCAAGGCAAAUGUGGAAGCUGCUGGGCAUUUUCAACUGUAGUUGGCGUGGAGGGCAUCAACCAAAUCAAAACAAAGGAACUACUGUCUUUAUCGGAGCAACAACUGAUUGAUUGCGACAGAUCUGAUGACCACGGUUGCAAUGGAGGGCUAAUGGAAAGCGCAUUUGAAUUCAUUAAAAAAAAUGGAGGAAUAACAACAGAGAAUAACUAUCCAUACAAAGCUAAAGAUGAGAGAUGCGACAUGUUGAAGAUGAAUGCUCCCGUGGUGACAAUUGAUGGGCACGAAAGCGUACCAGUGAAUGAUGAGAGAGCCUUGAUGAAGGCAGUUGCUCAUCAGCCUGUAUCGGUUGCAAUAGAUGCUGGUGGUUCGGAUCUGCAGUUUUACUCAGAGGGAGUGUUUGACGGAGAAUGUGGAACAGAGCUAGACCAUGGGGUGGCAAUAGUGGGGUAUGGAACAACCCUGGACGGAACGAAGUACUGGAUAGUGAAGAACUCAUGGGGAGCUGAAUGGGGUGAGAAGGGUUACAUAAGGAUGGCUCGGGGGAUCCAGGCAGCCGAGGGACAGUGUGGUAUAGCUAUGGAGGCUUCCUACCCAGUCAAGUCCUCCAACAACACUAGAAGAGGAUCAAUAAAGGAUGAACUCUAGAACAUAAAUUCGGUAGGUUGUGCUGCUACUUUGGUAAAUUAGGUGCUUUAUGGUGGAACAGUUUUUAGGCUUUGUUUUAAUUAAUAAUAAAAGCUCUUGGGUAUGUGAAAUAGCUGUAUCUCCAAUAACUUAAUAUAUUAUAUGCAGGGAAUGUCCAAUUUCAA